GCAGUGUUCGCUGCGAAGCAAUUUCUUUAAUUAAAUACUGUAUCUUUUGGAACUGGAGGAAAUAUGGAGACACAGCUACAUAAAGCACAGCAGAAAAGGCAAGUGAUCGCCAUUAUCAUUCUGUUACUACUGUGGGAGGCGGGCGGUGAGACCAUUAAGUAUUCGAUUCUAGAAGAGAGGGACAGUGGUUCUUUUGUGGCCAACCUAGCAGAAGAUCUGGGGCUUGGCUUAGGGGAGCUGGCUGCACGGGGUGCCCGAAUUUUUUCCAAAGGAAAUAAACAGCAUUUGCAGCUGGAGCAGAACAGUGGGCAUUUGCUUCUUAAAGAAAAAUUGGACCGGGAAGAGUUGUGCGGUGACACGGAUCCCUGUGUAUUGCAUUUCCAGGUGUUACUAAAAAACCCGGUAAAGUUUAUUCAAGGUGAAUUACUGCUCCACGACAUAAAUGACCACGCACCAGAAUUCUUGGACAAUGAAAUCCUCCUGAAAAUCUCGGAAAGCAGCCAUACUGGUACUGCAUUUCCUUUGAAAAUAGCUCAAGAUUUAGACGUGGGCAGUAAUACAGUUCAGAACUACACAAUUAGUACCAACUCUCAUUUCCAUCUUUUCACUCGUAAUCACAAAGAUGGCAGGAAAUACCCAGAGCUGGUGCUGGACAAAACUCUGGACCGGGAGGAGCAGCCAGAGCUCAGAUUAACCCUCACUGCGCUGGAUGGUGGGUCUCCACCCAGAACUGGGACUUCCCAGGUCCUCAUCUUAGUCCUAGAUAUAAAUGACAACACCCCGGAGUUUGCUCAGCUGUUCUAUGAAGUGCAGGUUUCAGAAAACAGCCCCAUUGGCUCCCUUGUUACUUCAGUCACCGCUCGAGACUUAGAUGCUGGGUCCUAUGGACAGCUGUCAUACUCAUUUUUCCAAUCUUCAAAUCAAAUCACUCAGGCUUUUGAAAUAAACCCAGUCACGGGGGAAAUUCGAUUAAAAAAAGUAUUGGAUUAUGAGGAAAUUCAAACUUACCUUCUGGAAAUUGAGGCUUCAGAUGGUGGGGGCCUUUCAGGAAAAUGCACGGUAGCCAUAGAAGUAAUGGAUGUGAACGACAAUGCCCCUGAGCUAACCGUGUCAUUACUCAUAAGUGAUAUUCCAGAAAACUCCCCGGACACCGUGGUCGCUAUUUUCGGGAUUUCAGAUCCAGAUUCCAGAAACAAUGGCAAAAUGAUGUGUUCCAUCCAGGACCAUCUCCCCUUCCGUCUGAAACUUACAGCAGAAAACUUCUACACCGUAGUAACUGAAGGGGCUCUGGACAGAGAAAGCCAGGCCGAGUACAACAUCACCAUCACGGUCACGGACAUGGGCACCCCCAGGCUGCAGACUCAGCACAACAUCACCGUCCUGGUGUCCGACGUCAACGACAACGCCCCCGCCUUCAGCCAAAGCGCCUACACGCUGCUGGUGCGCGAGAACAACAGCCCCGCCCUGCACAUCGGCAGCGUCAGCGCCGCCGACGCCGACGCGGGCACCAACGCCCAGCUCACCUACUCGCUGCUGCCCGCCCCGGCGACGCCGACGCGGGACGCGGCGGCGCCCGACGCGCAGGCCGACCGGCUCACCGUCUACCUGGUGGUGGCGCUGGCCGCCGUGUCGUCGCUCUUCCUCCUGUCUGCGCUGGCCUUCGUGGCGGCGCGUGUGUGCGCGAGGAGCGGCGCGGCGGCGCGGGGAGGCUCGCCGGGGCCCGAGGGCCACUUCCCGGGCCACCUGGUGGACGUCAGCGGCGCCGGGACGCUGUCCCACAGCUACCAGUAUGAGGUGUGCCUGACGGGAGGUACUGGGACCAGUGAGUUCAAGUUCAUCAAGCCCAUUCUCCCCAACUUCAUGGGUGAACCUAUUCGGCCUAACAGGGAGGUAAAUUCUAACUUCAGAAAUCAUUUUGGUUCCAGUUAGGGAUCUCACAUCGACAAAACUUAAGAAUUGUUA